CAAGUUCUCGCAUUUCAAACUUCUUCAAACACCUAUCGUCGUUUUCUCGGAAUUCUACCGAUCUUCAUUGGAAUCGAAUCAUCGUUAAGGACUUGAAUCUUUUGUGAGGAUCAGAAUCAAAUGGAUGAAAAGAAUGUGAGUCUUCAUCACCAUGGGGCGGCGGAAGUGGGGGAGGAGGAGAAUGGGAUCGGGAGCAGCGACUGCACGUCGGAGGGCGAAGGGACUGAGGAGAAUGAGAUCGGGAGCAGCGACUGCACGUCGGAGGAUGAAAGGACGGAGGCUUACCGAUGGGGCGGCUAUGACGCCGUCCGAGUCGGUGACACCUUCAAGAGCGGCCAGUAUGUUGUUCAGAGCAAGCUCGGGUGGGGAUUUUUCUCCACCGUCUGGCUCGCUUGGGAUACUCUCAAGUCCCGGUAUGUAGCGCUGAAAGUGCAAAAGAGCGCUCGGCAUUACACGAGGGCAGCAAUGGAUGAGAUUACCAUCUUGCAACAGAUUACAGAUGGUGACCCAGAUGAUAAGAAGUGUGUAGUGAAGCUUCUGGAUCAUUUUGAGCACUCAGGUCCACAUGGACAGCAUGUUUGUAUGGUUUUUGAUUAUUUGGGGGAUAAUCUACGUACACUUAUCGAGUACACAGAUUACCGUGGGCUUGGGUUUCCUAUUCAAAGAGUCAAGGAGAUAUGCUACUAUAUUUUAGUGGGUUUGGAUUACCUGCACAAACAACACUCAAUCAUACACAAUGAUUUGAAACCAGAAAACAUCUUGUUAUGCAUGAUUGAUCCAUCUAAGGAUCCUAGAUGUUCUGGUGUUCCUCUCAUUCUUCCUCCUGCCAAAGCAAAUAUGUUGUCAAAAGAUGAUGGGAUGAAGGGCGAAGGGAAUGGAAAUCAAUUUCAUAAAAGAGGAAGCCAAUCUGCAAGGCAGAAUCUGUUGGCAUUGGUUGAUCUCAAAUGCAAAUUGGUUGACUUUGGUAAUGCUUGUUGGACUUACAAACAAUUUACAAAUGUUGUUCAAGAGGGGCCAUAUUGGUGUCCUGAGGUCUUCCUGGGGUCUACAUAUUCUACUUCAGCAGAUCUCUGGUCUUUUGCUUGCAUCUGUUUUGAGCUUGCAACCGGCAAUUUUCUUUUUGAUCCUUAUGGCGUUGACAAGUUAGACCGAGAUAAGGACCACUUAGCAUUGAUGAUGGAACUUCUUGGAAAGAUGCCACGAAAGGCUGCAUUGGGGGGCCGUUAUUCCAGAAAUUUCUUCAACAGGUAUGGUGAUCUAAGUCACAGCCGGUGCUUGCGUUUCUGGCCCCUAAAUAAGGUCUUGAUGGAGAAAUACAAAUUUAGCGAGCAAGAUGCAAAUGACAUGGCUGACUUCCUGGUUCCCAUACUUGAUUUUGCCCCGGGUAAGCGACCAACAGCAGCCCAAUGCAUACUUCAUCCAUGGAUUAGUUCAGGCCCUCGCCUUUUAGAGCCCUCAGUGCCAUCUCCUCAAUCUCAAGCUGCUGGUACUGCAGAUUCUGAGAAAAAGAAGCGCCACAAAGAGUAGAGGGAAGCCAUGGAAGUCGAAAUGGGGAACAUGGCCAGAAAACAGGUUAAGAUUCUCAGUCUAGUAUAUAGCAAACAGUCAAAGGCAUGUUAACUAAUUUAAGAUCUUUGGCUUAACUUAUAUUUCACCUUUUAACAAUAAGGGAAGCUUAAAAUAUACCGUACUCAUUCCAAUAGAAUUACACCAAGUAAUAGAACACUUGAAACACUUGAAUUACACUAAUUUGUAGUCCUUUCUUUGACGCCUUCUUGUUGUCUAUUCCGAUCUUGUUGUCUUCUCCUUUGUUCUUUGAUCUUCUUUCUCCUGACUCUUACUUUGUGUUUGUAUUUUUAGUUAUGGG